AUGGAAAAUUUAAAUUACAAAGCUUUUAAAGAAAUAAUUAAGGCUGCAUCUUGUCUACAAAAGAAAAGUUAUUACACUGAAGAUCUAUCGAAAAAAUCUUUUUUAGAAAUGCUUUUUUUAUGCAAAGAAAAUAGUAACCUUCUACAUUGUCUUAAAUAUAAAGUACUUUCAGAAGCAUUUAUUUCUAUCAAAAUAUCAAAAGCUUAUUUAAACAACCAAGAAAAGUUACUUCAAUUUGAAAGUUGUUCUAUAAAAAAUCAACUGGAAGAUAUACAUAAACGUGAUGAUUUAAAACUUAUUGAUCUAGGAUAUCUUAUAAUAUUUUUUAACUCGGAGAUAUAUCAAGGUAUUCUAAAUAGGUUAGAUUUUGCAUCAUUACGACAACAUCAGAUUUUACAUAAUUUAGAAGAAAUUUUUUAUAAUAGUUAUUGUGUAGAAUACAUUUUAUCAUUGAAAAGUCCUAAAGAAAUAUAUGAAUCAGUUAUUUAUUACAAUACCUAUAAUAUUGAGAUUCAUUUAAAUAUUGUACACAUAUUAGGAUAUUCAGAAUGCGAUAUUAAUAAAAUAUUGUAUUACAAAAAAUUAAUAAAUUUAAUUGUAGAGAAAAGCUUUCUUUAUACAAUUGAUGAAAAUGAGAUAAAUAUUUUUAGAGAAAAGAUUAAAAAUUAUGAAAUCUAUUUUGCAUUAAAAAACAUUGCAAAAAAAUAUUCUCUAAAUGAAUCUAUUGCAAAGACACAAAAUGUUCAAUCUAAUUUAGAAUUUUUAGCAAUAGAGUUUAAAAAACAGUUUAAUUUUUGUAAGUCAUUUAAAGAAAAAGUUGAAAUUAUGAAACAAUUUUCUGUUUUUUUGUCAUAUUCCAAAUUUUCCGAGUCUACGUCAGAAGAACGCAUUACAGUUUAUGACAAAAUUUGUAAAUUUUUAACUUUUGAUAAUAACAAAAUAUUUUAUCUAAAUGAAUACAUACAAAAUAUUAAAGAAAUAGUAGAACUUUUUUUUAGAGAAGAAUCUAAUAUAUUCGUAAAUGAUUUAAAAUCUAAAAUUUGUGAACUUGAAAUUAUUUCAAAAAAUAAGAAACAUGAUUUCUUAAAGAUGUUGACACAUAUUCUUAAUGAGAAGAUGGUGUUUACAAUGGAAUAUAAAUUAUAUGUAAAUAGAGAUACAAAGUUUUUUAAAUUUCUAAAUUUAUGCAAAAAAAAUUUAUACACUAAAGAUACACAAGAAAUUUUAGAUUUUAUAUUAAAAACACACAAAAUUUUAACGAUUUUUGUUGAUAUGUCACAUAAUAUCACAAACGCGGAAUAUGAUAUGUUUUACAUAGAAAUUGAUAAAAUUUUUAAAAUACUUCAAAAGAUUAUAAAUCUUAAAAUUAAAUAUUUAAUUAAAAUAACUUUUAUUGAUGAGUUGGAAUAUCAUGUUAAGAAGUUGUCAACUAAAAUAUUUAAUAAUAGAUUAACGACAUUAAAAUACGAAGAAGGGAAAAUUUAUAAUGAAAAGCAAUUUUUAGAAGACAAUUUAGUUAUUUGUAAAAAUUAUCGUAUAGCAAAUCGAUACCUUACAAAUAUUUUAAACAGUGCAAAAUACUGCUUAAAAAUUAAUACAGAAGAAGAAGUGCAUAAUAUUUUUAAAAUAAUAUCCGAUAUAUUUUUUAGUAGAGAUUUAUUUAUUGAUAAAGCAUCAGAAAUAAUAGAUACGCUGCUUAAGAGUGCAUAUGAAAUAUCUUGCUUUUUUAAAUGUUACAAAGACAAGAUUACUACAAAUCUGUCUAUUAGCAAAAAGAUUGAAAUUUAUAAAUCAUAUAAAAAAAUCAUAAAAAAAGGUUCAAAAAUUGUAAAAAUUAAAAUUCCACUUAUAAAGCAGUGCAUUAAACAAAGAUUAAAAGAUUAUUAUGAUUCUAAUAUAGAAAAGUGUAAAACUGAUCCUUUUUUUGAUAUAAAAAUGUCAUGGCAAGUAUUUAAAAUUAAUAAGCUUUUUUAUAAAAAAAAAUUAAACUACAAUGUUCCAGAAAUAGAAAGUAAAGUAUUUAUUGUUGACCAUAUACAGAACUUAAAAGAGAAUUUUUACAAAUUUUUGAUGCAAAAAGACUUUGAUUUUGAUAUAAAAAGUUUCAAGAUUAGAUAUUUAGAAUAUAAAAAAUCCUUAGUACGACAAAUUAAGAUAGAAAAGUUUGUCAAUUAUGUUUCUUAUCAAAAAAAACCAAAUAAUAUAGAUUUAUAUAAAAAAUCACUUAAAUAUUUACGCUUUAUUAAAUAUCACUUUACAAGUACCAGCCAUGUAGAUAAAUUACAAUUUUUAAUUGAUAAUGCAUUGGAUGACUAUAAAUUUACUUCUAAACUUGCGCUAAUUAAAAAAAUAAGUUUAUAUAAAGAUUUUACAAAGAAAUUUGUCAAUUUUGCCGAUAUUUUGCAUAAUAAUUCGGAAUUAGAUCUUGAGAAUGUUUUGAAAAAAGCAAUUUUAUCUGACGAUAUAAAUAGAAAAAUAAAAAAUCUCAAACUUAUGAUCUCAAAUUUAUAUUAUUUUGAUAAAGAAAAUGAUUCUAUUAUUGAUUUUGAACAAAGACAUAAACUUUUUUCUGCUGGAAAUUCGAAUAAUAAAAUAUUAAAUGAUUGCUUGGCAGAUAUCAACUCAAUAGACAUUUUACUUGAAUACAAAGAGCUUUGUAAUGUUAUUAGAGAAGAUAUUAACGAUCUUAUCUACAAAAACAAUAAUAUUAUUCUAUUGAUAAAAAAUAUCAUAAAAUACGCUGACAUUGAAAGUUAUAAUAUGUUAAUACAGAUUUUAACAGAAAAAUCUUUUAAACAACUUGUAGUAGAUGAAAUAAUAAAACAGAACAAAAGUUAUCAAGACUUAAUAGAAAGCGAAAUAAGUCAUUUAAAAGUGUUAAUCAUAGAUUUGUACUUUGUACCUAAUAAAGAUAUUAUUAAUUUUAUAAAUGGAAAAAUAUUUAUUGAUGAUAUUUUUAAAAGUGUCUUUAAUCUAGAUAAAAUUUUAUAUAGAGAUAAUGUGUGCAUUGGAUUUGAAAGUAAAAAUGAAAAAAUAUAUUUUAAAGAAAAAAUAGAGCAAAUUCAAAAGUAUAAAACACCUGAAGAUUUUAAAAAUUAUUUUUUAUUAUUUAAAUCAAAACUUCAAGAAAAAUUAUACGAAUAUUUUAUAAAAAGAUAUAAAAUACUAAAUGUUGACAAAUUUAAGUCAAGUGCAAAUAACAUACCUGACAAUAUUUCUUUUAUUGACGAUUUUAUUAACGAAUAUAUGUAUUUUAGUGGAUUAAAAUAUAACAAUACAAUCAAAAUUCAAUUUUUAAAAAAGCAUGAACAAAAAUACAGUGAUGAUUUUAGACUUCUUUAUCCAAAACCUGAUAUAGACAUGCAAAUAGACAAAAUGUAUUUAUAUACAAAAAGUUUACAAAAAAAUAUAUACAAUUUAAUAUAUCAUCCACCUACAAGUAUUAUUUAUACUGAAUUGACUAAUACAAUUUUUAAUAAAAUUUCGCUCAGUCUAAUUUACAAUUCUGGAUGUAUUUUGUACGGAGAAAGUAGUACAGGGAAAACCGAAACAAUUAAAUACUACUGUCGUUCAAUAGGGAAACCAUUAUACGUUUUCUGUUGUAGCGAACAAUUAGAUAUAAAUUUAUUACAAAAUAUUAUUUUAGGCUGUAAAAUAAAUGGGUGGUAUUUGUGUUUAGACGAAUGCAAUAGAUUGAGCGAUAAUGUAAUGAGUAAAUUAAGUGAUUUGAUCACUGAAAAUACAAAUGAGAUAAAAUUUUUCAUGACAUUAAAUCUUGGAUAUCUUGGCAGAAAUAAAUUACCUACAACACUUAAAGCUCUUUUUACAGAGAUUCGUGUUGAUGAUCCCAAUAUUGAUGAUAUCUUAGAAAUAUAUUUCAGUAAAGAAAUUAUUAAUCUUUUUAAUGAUUUAAAAAGAAAACAUAGUGGUUUACCACAUUAUAAUUUUUCAUUAAGGGCUCUUAAUACUAUUCUAUUUAACUUGGGUGAUGACAAUAGUACCACAAAUUUACUUACAUAUUAUUAUGCAAUAUUUAACACCAAAGAUAAGCUUCUUUUAAAAAGCUUUAUUACUAAUUUAUCGCAUUAUGACCUUUUUGAAUUUGGAACUUCUAAUAGUACUGGAAUAUUAUUAUACGGCCAAAGUCUUACAGGCAAGUCAACAUUACUAAAAGAAAUGAUAAAAAAACGAAAUGUCAACUUUCAUUUUUUUCAUAAAUUUGACGAAAAAAUUCUUUACGAUGUAAUAAAAGAAAAUCAGGAUUCAGAGUUAUGGAUUAUUUAUGAUAUGAUACUAGAUAGUAAAUGGAUUGAAAAUUUGAAUUCUGUUUUAGAUGAUAACAAAACAUUGUGCAUGAAAAAUGGAGAACUUCUGAAAAUAGGACCAAAUAUAAAAUUUAUAUUUGAAACUAAUGAUAUCUCAAAAAUUACACCUGCCACACUUACACGUGUUUUUACAAUUUAUUUUGAACAUACAGAUAACUAUAAGCAGAUUAGUAAAUAUACCAAUAUAGAUUUAUCAAACAAAAAUAUAGAAUACUCUUCUAUUAUUCAAAAUGUACGAAAUUUAAUUUAUACAUCGCAGAAAAAUAAUGUUAUAUUUUUACAAGGUGAAAUGGGAAUUGGUAAAAGAAACUUUUUUAAUAACUUAAUUGGUAAAAAUAGUAAAGUUUUAAAUUUAAAUUGCCGAGAAAUACAUUCUUUAAAAUUUUUUGAGCAUAAAAACAUUUAUUUAGAAGAAUAUGAAAAAGCGAGUGAACAAUUAAAACAAGAAAUUAAAGAACUGUAUGAAUUUGGCACAAUUCAAGAUAAAAAACAGACAAUGAAGCUGUUUAUUAGCUAUAAUGGCACAGAUGAUUUACAAAAGACAAAUUAUAAGGCUAGAAUUAAUUGUAACAUACUUUUUAUUAAAAGUAGAGACAAUAGAUAUUUUAAUUUAAAAGAAAAUAAAAUUUUAGAAUUUAAUAUUAAUAAAACUGAAGAGGUAACUGAUUCACUUAGAAAUUUACAGGUAACUGGAAAAUACGAAGAAAAGUAUAUUCCACAAGAGAUUUAUGAAUUGUACAAAUCAGGAAAAAUAAAAUAUUUUGAAUGUUUUAAAAUAAUGGCGUGUACCUCAUUGACGGAAUGUUUUGUAGAUUUUUUUACACAAGACAUUAAUUCUUUGUGCUUGAAUAAAGCAAUAAAGUUUUUUGUGGAUUGUAAAUUAAAUUUUAUAUUGCUAGGGGAUCGUUUAUCAGGUAAAAAUUGGUUACUUAAAGAUUAUAAACUUAAUAUUAUUCAAGUUUUUAAACAGACUUGUGAUAUUAUUUAUCCUCCAAACACAGUAACUGCAAUUUUAACAAAUUCAUUAGAUUUGCUUAGUAACAAAAUUAUAAAAGAAAACUUUACGAUAAAAUUAUAUUCUUGUACAAAAUUUAUAAUUGAUUUUGAUGAAUUUAUAAAAAAUAUUGAUAUUUUAUCCGAUAAUUGUCAGAAUAUUUUAAAGUAUAAUUUUAUUAAAAAUAUAACUUUAAAGCCAUGUAAAUGUUGUAUACAAAACGAAAAAGAAAUAUUAAAUGUAAUGACAAUCGAUGAUAUAAAAUUUAAACGAGAAAACAUGACAUAUAAAAUGAUAAGCUCUAAUCUUAAAAUUAGUGAUAAAUAUGGUACUAAUUUAUUGUCAUUUCCUAAUAUGUUUAAAUUAAUGGACUUUAUAAAUACUGCUGUUAAAACAUUUAAAGAACUUACAAAGUUUAACAAAUUUUUAUUGGAUGGCCAAAAGAAAAUUCAAAAUUUUCAUGCAAUUUCUCAUGAAAAAAAAGAAACUUUGAAAAAUAAUAAUAUUUUAAGAAAAAAAUACCAUAAUGAAUUAAAUGAUAAAAUUAUUAAUAUAAAAAAAAUUGAAGAGGAAAUAAACACAGAAAAGAAAUUUUUAGAAAAUAAAAAGCAAGAGAAUUUAAAUUUUUAUAAUCAAAUCAAACAAAAGCAAGAAUAUGUUAAAAAACGGCUUAAUGAAGGAGAAUCUAAAUUAAAAGAAAGCGCAAACAAGAUUAACAUGAUCACUAAGAAAAAUAUAGCAGAAUUAAGGAGCAUGAACAAUCCACCAAAGACAGUUCAUUAUGUUAUUAAUAUUUUGUUUAAUUUAAUUACAAGUGAGAAAGAACUUGAUUUAUCAAAUAAUUUUAAAAAAAAAUCGUGGUCAGAACUUUUGGUUUUUCUCAAAUCUUUUGAUUUAAAUUCAUUGAUUGACGCAUCAACAGCAAAUAUUUUAGAUAUAAAUAUUUUAGUAGACAAAGAAAAAGAAAUUAAGAAGUCAUCACAGGUUUGUUCUAUAAUUUAUGAAUGGAUUAUUAAUAAACACGAAUAUAAACUUAUUAAAGAGGAAUUACAGCCUUUAGAAGAUGAAAUAAGUAAGUUGCUUGACGAUGGAAAAAUUGCUUUGAAUGUUAUAAAGGAAAAUGAAAUAAAACUAGAAAUAUUAGAAAAUAAUCUAACUAAGUAUAAUAGUGAAUGCAAGGAAUUAAAUAAAGAGUAUGAAGAAACAAAACAAGAAAUGCUUUUUUUAAAAAAGGAAAUUGAAAAAUAUGAUUUAUUGAUUUCUAAAAUUGAAGAGGAAAAAAAUAAUUGGAUUAUUAAAGAGUUUACCUUAGAUUUGAUUUAUGAUAAUUUAUUUGAUAAUAAGGUUAUAUUAUCCAAACAAUACACUGAUGCUAAUUAUUUAAAUACAAAUGUAAAGGAUAUUAAUUUUAAGAAGAUUAUAAGUAAUAUAUACAAAUUUAAAAGAAAUAUUAUUAUUUCUGAUGCAAUAAAUGAUGAGGAAAUAUAUAAAUUGUGUAAAUUUCAAACAGAAUCUAAAGAUUUUAAUAUUGUUUUAUUAAAUUCUACAUCCAGUUUGUAUGAGUGCAUAGGAUACAAACUAGAAAAAAUUGAACAAUUUACAGUUAAAAGUACUGUAGACAUAAAAAAUAUGCAAAAUACUUUAUUAAAAAGUAUAGUAAAUGGAGAUAUAUUAGAGAUUAUUGAAUCUAAAAAUAUUUUAGAUCAAGCUAGAGAAGAAUUGAAAAAAUUAGAAAAUUUAAGAGAAUUUUAUGAAAAACUUAAUAAUGUUUACAAAAUUUUAUAUAAAAAAUAUCAAUUAUCAUUCAAAGUUUAUAAUGAUUUUCUUGUAAAAAACAAUUUUAUGCAAGACAGUAAUUUAUCUGAAAACAAAUUGUUAGAAAAAUCAGAAAAAUUUUGUUUGUAUUUUGAUAUUAAUGAUAUUUUUAAAUAUGAUACUAAUAUUUUGAUAAUAACUAAUACAGAAGAUUAUGUUUAUUACUUAGAAAAAAAUAUUUUUUUUAAAAAGAUAAUAAGCAUUGGGGAUAAAAAUCAUAAUUACAUUUAUAAAAAAUUACUUGAUUCAGGCAAUGAUUUAUACCUUAUAAAAAAUAUAGAUCUAUUUGAUGACGCAAUCGAAGAUAAAUCUAAUAAUAAAUUUAUUUAUAUUAGUGAAUAUAACAGAAGUAAAAAUAUGUUAAAAGAUUGUAGAGUGUUAAAUUUUAAAUAUAAAUUUGAUUAUGAAAGAAGUCUUAAUUUUUAUAAAAAAAUUUUUACAAAUGAAAAUGAAGAUUUAAUUAUUUUUCACUGUCAAUUGAUAAAAAAAAUUUAUGAGCAUAAUCUAGAAAAGAAAUAUACAUUUACUGUGAAAGAUCUUGAUUUUGUCAUAAAACAUAAAAAUAACAUAUCUUUUGAGUAUUUAAAAUAUCUAGUUUACAUUAAUAAGAUAGACAAAUGUGAUUAUGAAUUGUUAUUUUUAAUAUUAAGAGAAAAAAGGUGA